AAAACAUCAUAUUUCUUUUCCUUUUUCUAGGUUUAUCUUGGAUCUGAUACAAUAGCAGAUUUCAGCUAUGCAGACAAUUAAGUGUGUAGUUGUUGGAGAUGGUGCUGUUGGUAAAACAUGUCUUCUAAUUUCCUACACAACAAACAAAUUUCCAUCGGAAUACGUACCUACGGUAUUUGAUAACUAUGCUGUAACGGUGAUGAUUGGUGGCGAGCCAUAUACUUUAGGCUUGUUUGAUACAGCAGGGCAGGAAGAUUAUGACAGAUUACGGCCCCUCAGCUAUCCACAGACAGAUGUGUUUCUGGUCUGUUUCUCAGUGGUCUCGCCAUCUUCAUUUGAAAAUGUGAAAGAAAAGUGGGUACCUGAAAUCACUCAUCAUUGUCCAAAGACUCCUUUUUUGCUUGUUGGGACCCAAAUUGAUCUCAGAGAUGACCCUUCAACAAUUGAGAAACUUGCCAAGAAUAAGCAGAAGCCUAUUACUCCUGAGACUGCUGAAAAACUGGCACGGGACUUGAAGGCUGUCAAAUACGUGGAAUGCUCUGCACUCACACAGAAAGGCCUAAAGAAUGUAUUUGACGAGGCGAUAUUGGCUGCCCUGGAGCCUCCGGAGCCGAAGAAGAGCCGCAGGUGUGUGCUGCUAUGAACAUCCCUUCACGGCCCCUUCUGCAAAGCUGGUGUUGAUGUCAUACUAAAAGCAAUGUUGAAAUCAAAUUAAAGAUUCAGAUUUUCCAAUUGGUUUUUUUUUUUUGCAAUAAUGACAAAUGCCGUGCACCCUGUUCCCAUACCCUUCCUAUGUGAGAUGGAAAUGUUAGUGCUCUUCUCCAGUGCCCUUCGGGUAGACUAAUUUUUUUUUAAAAGAAAUAAUGUAUUUCAACAAACACUGAUCAGUACUAGUCUUUUUGUUUACUGUUUAAACUUCUGUUUUUUAAAAAAAUUCAGGCAUGCUUGUGGUGAUUCCCCCCUCCCUCUAAGACUAAUUCUAGGCUCUGGCCAUUAGGCUCUUAUCCCAUCAAGUGAGGCUGGUACAACUUGGAUUCUGUGGCCAGCUUGCAGUCUUGGGGGUGAGCAGGUUUCAGUCCUUGGAUCGUUUUUCUGAAAGCUAAAGCAUCCCCAACUGGUGCUCUUUUUGAAGAGGAGUGUAUUACAUCCUUCUAAUCUGCAUCUCCUCUACAGUUGCCUUGGAUCUGUUUCCCUUUUAUUUUCUCUGAGCAGGUCAGAAAUUCCGAUCUUGCCCUUUAAGACAUAAAAGUGUAGAUGGGCCCUUUGCUCAUGAAUUCAGCCAAAAGCUUUUGUGUGUGUGUGUUUUUUAAAAAAAGCCCAACUUUGCCAAUUGCUCACUUUUUGUGGUUAGUUUUCAAAACUUGACACUGUUAGGCGUUAAUGAAGAGGGGAGAACUUCAUCUUUUAAACAAAUCCAACAGACUGAGUUGACUUAACUAGCCGCUCUUUUGGCAAGCACAGGCUUCUGAUUCUCAGCAGCAGAACUGCUGCGUUGAAACCCACCUACAUGGCCUUUGCAUCCUGCAAUGGUGAUUUGAAGCUAACAAGCUGACCGUGACUCCAGGCGGUUCAGCAUUAACCUUGGAUGGAGGAGGAGGAGGGGAAUGAGACAUGCCUCAUCAGGAAAAACCAUGGAGGGGAAGGACAGUCAAUCUGGCACCUUGGGGACCAGUUGAGGAAGUACCCUAAAAGUGCAUUGUGCAUCAGUAGCUCUGGAUGCCCAGAUGGUUGUUCAGUAUAAUAGAUAUCAUACGAGGAUCUCUUGACUCCAGUGUUAAUAAGGACCUUACCAGAACUAUACUCCGGCUUAAUACUUCUCAAUCUUCCCAGACUCUAAUUCUUGUAGACUCGUUAGUGUUGAACUGAUGCUUUUUCCAUGUCCUAAGUUCUUUGUAUAUGCAUUUUUUUUCCAGAUGUAUUAAACAUAAAGUAUCUUCACAA